AGGACAGCGCCAUCUUUUUUCGUGACGUCAAAGGAGGAGCCGGAAGUGCUGACUGAGGGCGGGAAAUGGGUGGAGCCUGGGGUCUGAGCUGCGGGUGGGAGCGGCUGUGGCUGUCAGUGUGUACCGGGGGAGAUGUCUGCGCUGGAUGAGGACAGCUAUGACGGGAAGUGCAUCUUCUGCAGGAUCUCCAACAACCAGGAGAAUGACGCCGAGCUACUGCACUCUGACGAGGAGCUGGCCUGCUUUAAAGACAUAAGACCUGGAGCACCUUUUCACUACCUGGUUGUACCCAAGAAACACAUAGGAAACUGCAAAACCUUAACAAGUGAUCAUGUGCAGUUAGUUCAAAAUAUGAUGGAAGUAGGAAAGAAUGUGCUUCAGAAAAACAAUGUAACAGAUCUGGAGGAUAUAAGGAUGGGUUUCCACUGGCCUCCAUUCUGCUCAAUAUCCCAUCUACAUCUUCAUGUUCUGGCUCCAGCCAGCCAGCUGGGAUUUCUCUCUCGAGCGGUUUACAGACUGAAUUCAUACUGGUUUAUCACGGCUGAUCAGCUUAUCGAGCGUCUUCAAUCAAAUGGACCUGCCAGUUGAAUUUCGAGCACCUUGUUGUUCUCCGGUUUCAUUCCAGUUGGCUGGGUGCAGUGGUACCAGUUCAUAAAAAGAGAGUGGUUGUAUAGUAUAUUAUUAAUGAAUACUACAUAUGUAUUAUAUGAUUGAAAUUAAGGUUGUGAAGUAUUAGAAAGUAAUCUUAUAGUACAUGUAAGACGUAACUUAAGAAAUAUGAACUGCCUGUAAUAUACUUCAAGUUGUGCCAUGGAGCAUGUGAGAUUUCCUAUAGUAAUAAAUUAUUGAGGACAUAUAGGUUUAAACUAUAGUUUAAGUUGUUAUCUACCUCCAACCCCUGUUCCUAUCUCCUGUUAGAGUAUAAUUAUCUAAUAGAGAGCAGCUUUUCAUCUGGAGAAUCCAUCUUGCCUAAGGAUUGCAGGAAUGGCCCAGUAAUUUCAUUGAGUACCAUGUAAUUCUGCAUUUCUCUUGUACCAUUGCUACCAUAUAGGACAUAGGUACCUGCAGUCCUUCCUUCAUGCCAGACAGCUUAUUUCAUGUGUGUUGGGUCCUCUUUAGUAUGUUUGUAAAUGACCUUGUAGAGAGAUUACAAAGUUUCAAUAUUUGCAUAUGACACUAAACAGAGGAGGAUAACCUAAUAUUACAGAGGGAUCUGGGUAACCUGGAGGUUUGUGCAGAAAAAAAUGCAAAUGAGGUUUAAUGUGAAUUAAUGUAAGGUUAUUAACUGAGGUAAAAAGAUAUCUGGCUUUAUGGUAAAUAGUAAAACACUGGGUGAAACUACUACUGAAGGGGACUUGGGGUACUUGUGGACAGCUUUAGGGCCCAGUGCCAGGCAGCUGCUGCCAAAGUGAAUAAAAUUAUGGGAUGCAACAUGAGGCUUAAAGACUAAUGACUAAAACAUAGUUUUGCCUCUAUACAAAUCAAAACUGGAGCAGGUGUAGAGGAAGGUGACCAAGGUUAUUAAGGGAAUAGGUGGAUUGCAGUCCCAAGACCGGUUAUCUUAGCUUAGGGUUAUUUAUUUUGGAGAAAGAUGACACAGGCGACUUGAUCAUAAUGUACAGAUAUGAAGGGACAGUACAGAGAUCUUUCUAUACCAAAGCCUGUAACCAUGAUAAGAGGCAUUCUCUAGAGCAGUGGUUCCCAACCUUUUUUCCUGAGUACCUCAUGGCAGCCCAUUUCCAAAAAUUGUACCGUCCCAUAUUAGUGACAUGUAAUUAAUUUGCUAUUAAUUAAAAUUUGUAUUUUUAUUUUUUUACUUAUAUCCUUUCCCUCCCCAGGCCCCCCGAGACUACGUUUCCCCACAGGUUUUUUUCUGGUGUUUUUUGGAAAACUGUCACUGCAGUUUUUGAGCUAAAACCAGAAGUGUAUUCAAAAGGAAUGGGAAAUAUGAAGGAAGGACUUAUACUUCCAGCUUAAUCCACUUUUUGUUUUGGCCCAAAAACUGCAGUUUAAAAAAAAGAAGAAAAAAAAACAUCAGGGAAAAACCUAUGUGGAAACCUAGCCUUACUCACAAGUGACAUCUUCUCUCGUCAGUCGUUCACUUUUCCUUUUUUCGUUUAUCUGGCCUAGACCACCAUUAGGAUUUAUCUUGGCCAAGACUUGUCUCCACAGAACACCUGGGGGUACAUGUAUAUUGGGUUGGGAACCACUGCUCUACAGGAAAAAGGUUUUACCAUCAUCACAGAUAGGGAUUCUUUACUGUUAGAGCAGUGAGACGAUGAAACGCUUUUUAAUUCAUUAAACAAGUUCAAGAGGGACCUGGAUGCCUUUCUUGAAAAAUAAAAUAUUACAAGCUAUGGAAAUUAGAUUUCUAGUUGUAGUGCUUUGAUAUAGGGAUUUAUUCUAAUUGCCAUAUUUGGAGUUGGGAGGGAUUUUUUCCACUUGGUAUGGGGCAAUUGGCAUCUGCUUCCAUAAAUGUUUUUUGCCUAUUCCUGGAUCAACAUAGUAGGGUUAUAGGUUAAACUUGAUGUACCAAACAACUCGAUGUGCUAAUAUCUGACUGUAAUCUGUCACUGUAAAAGAAGUCUUGCCCAUGCAAAGAAAAGGCAGUAUGGUGUGACAGUAGCAUGGAGGAUAGAAUGAACACUAUAUUGAAUUAUUAUACAUACAACUGAACUGACUGCCAUAGAAAAAUGUUUAAAAUAAUUUUAUUGGCAGGACAGCUAAAGUUCAACAGUUUUCUACAUGGGAGGGAGCCACCUUGCUAGACACAAAUUUGUAACCAGAAUUGGUACUAAAACUAAUAAAUUUUCAAUAUAUACAUGAA